CCUCUGUAAAUAGUUCCGUUUGAAAUCGGGCGCGGAGAGUCAUUUGGAAGAGCAAAAUUCAACAUAAUUUGCCAAAACACACACACACACACGCACACAGACAGAGCAGUGCUUCUUCAGUGGCUCCUGGGAUCGUGCCACGCGCAUAAUACACAAUACUUCGGAUAUAAAAAUACAUUGAGUGAGAGAGAGAGAGAGAGAUGCACGAUGAAACAGACAGAGCAACGUGUGUGUGCUGUGUGGUGUGUGGAAGCAAAAAAAGAGCUAAAAUUAUUGAACUGCAAAUUUGGGCUGUUAAACUUCGUUCGUACUACCAAAAGCAUGGUUCACUGUCGUCACUAACCGAAUGAUAUAGGGAACUACACAGACACAGACACAUUCAAAAGAAGAGCUUUUGGCCAGCUUCCUUUCAAGGAGCCAGAAGGAUUCAAGGGGACAAGGGGAGGAGGGGGGAGGGUAGUUUUUGUGAUCCCUGCCCUUCAAUACCAAUGAUCGUAUACAAACGAGUGGCGUCGCAGCACAGAAUAAGCAAUAGGCAAUAGGGCGAGAGAGCUCAUUGAAUCCACUCCUCCUCUCUCUUUCCCACGCCCUUUCCAAGGGGAACUGUUUGUGAGCGUGUGUGUGUGCGUGUGUGUGUCAGUCACAGCUUGAACACAUCCACUCGGUGAUCCAGUACCGCACACAGCUCAAACCAGAGACUCGUCCAAUCUUCUACUUCUGAAACUUUGUACAUACAACAAUCAAAACACACUGCAUCUACUGCAACGAUCUGUAUGCUUGUGUGUAUGUGUGUGUGCGUAUGUGAGAAUGAGUGAUCUUGUGAGACAUUUAGCAAACAAAACAGAAGCCACAACCGCAACAGCCACAGCAGCAGCAGGAGUAGCAGCAGCACCACAACCACACAAUGCCAUCGUACCGGGACUCUCUCUCUCUCUCUCACACACACACACUCGAUCCCGUGAUGGAAGAAUUGAUACAAAAAUAUAUAUAUUUCACCCUCUCGCCAGCGUGUUGUCGACCCCGAGAGUAGGGAAUGGGCAGACGGGAGACGGGAUUGGGCAGAAACAACAUACAAAUAAACAGGAGUUAGUAUAGUAAUAAUGCAAAAUACGCGCCACGAGACGACGCACGGAAACCAGGCGGAAGGGCCGGGUGGUAGAAAAACACAAAAAAGAAACGCCAGAACGAAGUGGGAAAGCCGAAUCCAGUGAUUUUAUAGAAAAUACAAAUAACAAUUUUAAUAACGACCAAACUUAGUUAUACUAAAUAUAUAUACAUGAAAAUAUAUAUAUAUAUAUACAUAUACAUAUAUAUAUUAAAACAUAUUUUAUUGAUUGCUAAGCAAAAUUAUAGAGGGAAAAAUCAAACGAGAGGAAAGCGGAUCCAGUAGUAAAAAGAACGAGAGAGAAAGAGCGAUAGAGAGCGAGAGAAAACGGAGCAAAUCCAAAAACAAAAACUCUAGGAGAAAACUAAGCAAACAACAACGGCAACCAAACGUUGUUGUUGUCGUUCGAUCAAGACAAAGCGUGCAAGUGGCAGUGAAUAUACAUAGGGUACUAAUAUACAUAUAUACAUAAUAAGUAAUAACCAAAAUCGAGAUCGCUAAUCGAGGGACGAAAAGCAUGGUUCAGCAUAAGAAAGAAGCAAGUCGCGUUACAAGAAAAUGGAAGCAAUGGACGGAAGAAGAAGAAGAAGAAAAAGAAGAAACAAUGCAUAACAUAAACCAUUAAUUGACUACUAAAACACCAACAAGUGCUAUUAGUAAUAGAAAUCGAAUAUUAUCAUAUGUUAUUGAAAAAAAAACAACAAGUAGGAGGGAUAAGGUAUAAAUACAAUUACGAAUUAAAAGCAAGCUCACACAACAAACAAAAAACAUACACACACACACUAACAUUCAUACAAACAAAAAAAAACAAACAAACAUACAUACCACACAAGUUUAUAAAAUAAAGGGCAAAAAGAAGGAACACCAGGCCGAAGCAGAUCUAAUUGAAAAAAGGGCGUAGUAAAAAACAUAGCAUGAAAGUGUGAUGGCGUUGGCACAAAAUGGCUACCAAUAAAGCAAGAAUGUAGUAGGUCAGAAUAAACAUACACACACACACACACACAGACACAUUGACACAAACAAACCAAAAAACACGUGCAAAUAAAGCCAAGGGUAAGAAGGUAAGAAGAAGGUGGGCGUGCGGAUACAAAACAAGAAAAUAUCUAAAAUCGGUACCAUUCUCUGUACAUACAUUAGUUUGGUUCAUUACAAACGUUUUCGGGGUACUGUUUUACUUACUAUAAGUUCGGUGAAAAAAAACAUAGUUACUGCCUUACAUAACUAUAUACAUAUAUACAUAGCGGUGUGUAUGUGUGUAUGGAUAUACAUAUAUACACACACUCCCACACACUUAUAUGUAUAUACAUAUACAUACAUAUGAAUAAAACUAAUUCGGAAUAAGCAAAAGAGCUACUAUUAUCGGAAAGGAGGCAGACGCAGGGGCGGGGCCGCUGCUAAAACACGGCUAGAAAAGAACAUUAACGAACGGACAACACGUCACACAACACAACGAAACAACGACGUCACAAAAACACAAACAAAACUUGACGGUGGCAAACAAACACACACGAACCCAUUUGUAAAUACUUGCCUGUAUACAAUUACUUCAGACGUGCAGAAAAGAAAACUGAAAAACUACAUUAAACAACAAACUUUAAACUAAAAACGCCCAUAAAAAGGAUUUUAUAAGGAUAACGCUUUGACAGUAAUAUAAAAACACACCACUAACGAUUUUGAUUUAAAAACGAAAAACAAACGACGCGCCUACUUUGAUCAUUCAAACCAUCAGACUACGAAGACAGUAACGGACGCAAAACGACACCACACGAACACACGCAUGCACGCAAACGCAAACGCAAACGCCACGCUCAAAAAGUACUACGCAACUUCUACACACCUUCCCAAUACAUCAAUACGUACACACAAGGAAACGGAAACAUUCUUAAAAAAAAAACAUAAAACGGCAAGGUUACGCGUUCAGAACGGCGGUAAAAGUGGUCUUAGGAAUGCUCUAAACUCUUCUAGAUAUAAGUUCUAAUUCAAUACUACCUAAAACAUGAAACACCAAUCUCUCUAGGGUAUGAGGAGGAAGAGUUUUGUUUUCCUUUCAUUUCAUCGUUUUUCGUACGAGCGCUAGGAGGAACAAGAGUAAAACGGGGGAAAAAAGAUACAAUUUAAAAUGAAACGGAAAAACGAUAAAAAAUAAAACCACAACCAAACUCUAAUCUAAUGAACGAAAGCAAACAAGCAAACCAAACUACCGCCCAGGCACGCACGCCCUUGUGUGUGUGUGUGCGUGUGUGCUGGGGUAUGGUUAGUAGGAAGGUGCGGUGUGGCCGUACCGCGCGCUGCACACCCAUUUACAGCACAAACAGCGGGAGGACAAAAAUCGAGAACUAGCAAACAAACAAAAAACGGUACUAGCUUAAGAAUUGAUUCUAGUGAAGCCCCACAACCAGUAGCAGAAUCGGGCCUGAAUUUAGCGGCUCAUUGCCCAAGCGGUUCUAGCGACGAGGACGAGUGGGAUCGAGGUGGGAAAAGGACACAUAUGUAGCGAGUAGUUUCCGUCCCGGCCCCCUUUCCCCAUGCAUCUUCAACACCCCAUCUUCAGCGUGUAAUUGGGGUUUUUUAGGUAUGUAAGGUAUAGAAGAAGAAGCUACAGUGCGAAAUAAUGGCAGAACAUGGAAGCAAAAUGUGCAGCCAGCCACAAACGAUCGCCCUUUUUACACAUAGACAGGAACUAGGAACAAAAACAGGCUCGUUUCCGUUCGGCUCAUCGAAUUUGAUCUCGUCUUACAUACACACAUACGGUUUGUGUUUGGAUUUAUUCUCUUUUUCUCUCAAAGCCUCCACACCCCCUCCCCCUCACUUUACUCUUCACAUCUCUCAUACAUUAUAAUUAUUAUUGUAAGUGAUUUCAACACAACACACAAAUAUAAGGAAAGAACCACAGCAAACACGCACACAACACACACAAACACCCACAAACAUAUGGAAAGCUGCGAAAAAACAGAAAGCGAGAAAACAUAAGAAAACUAAACCAAAAAUAAAUAUACUAUUGCUUGUACAGAGAGAGAGAAAGAGAGAGAAAAAGUGGGGAGAAAACAAACCGAAAUUACACUCCAGUCCAGGCGAAGAAGCUGCGAAGCGAAAAGCCUCCCUCAACAUGCACACAUACACAUUCGUAAGCGUAUAAACGUAAGUAAGCCCAAAACUUCCUCCCAGAAACAAAACACACACGCACGCUCAUUUGUGUAAGUAAUAUUUGCAAAACGCAGAACACGCAGAAAAGUAUCAUAAGAAACAAACUAUAUGUAAUAACUAAGUAAAGCAAAACGGAUUAAUUAAAAUGGAAGAGAAAAACAAGAAAAAACAAAACCAAAACCCUAGAUAGUGGAGUAAAAAAAACAACAACAAGAAAGCCCGCAUAAAAUCGGUAAGCAAUAGCACAAAUACACAUACAAACAAACAUACAGACAAAAAACAAAAACAAAACAAGGAUGAUGAGGGGCAAAUUGUUAAACAACAAAACACACAAACUUAAUGUAAGCAAUCACAAACAGCAGAUAAAAUCAAACCAACAGCCUGGGAAGGAGACUGAGCCAAGGAAAGAGACAGAGCAGGCAGAGCAUUCGACAGAAGAGAUAGAGUAGCAUGCCCAAUCAACCAGCAGUAGCAGCAACAGACGCAGCAGGCGUAGCAGCAGCCGUAGCUACAGCAGCAGCAGCAGCAGCAGCACCACGGUGGUCAAUACCGUUUCCGGUCUCAAAAGGCCCGAUUGCCGACAAGGAAUUCUUUAUCUGUAUCGUCCGUUCUUCAUCGUUAAAAAGUAAUGACAUAAUUCAAAAACGAAGUACACAUUACUCCAAAAACACACACAUACACACAUCCACAUACGUUCUCUAGGUUCUGCGGAGUAGACAGCAGCAGACAUCAGUUCGGUUAGUUCGUUAGAUUGACAAGUUUAUAGAAGCAGCAGGAUCCUCGCGUGUAGCUGUGUGUGUGUCAUCGUGCCGAGACAGUGGCGUGCAAAAGCAAAGGGAACGAAAGGGCAAAGUAGGCUUUCCUCGCUGUUGUGCAUAGUGUUCAACGCUGCAACGACAGCCACGGCCUGUGUGAAAUGAGGCGAUCGUGGGAAGUUUUCCGUAUUCGGUUUCGCUUUGCUCAAAUCAGAUUCGCUCUCCACUCCGAGGAGAAACGCGUGCGUGCGUGUGUAUGUGUGCUGGAGGUGCGAUAAGAAACGAAGGUAGGAAACAUUCAAGCGAUAGAAAUAUACUUUCUGCCACAAAGCGAGCAAAGAGCAAAAAAAGAGAGGGAUAGAGAAUGAUCCGGUGAAUGGACAGUAAACGGAAAAACGUUUAAAGAAGACAGCGGAAUAAAUCAAACAAACACCAAAUUUUGAAACGCAUUGACUUGAACCACGCAUCGUCGCGAAACGGUAAGGGAAGGGGGGAAACAAGAAGAAAACUUACAACUUACCCAGAGUGCUUCCAGCAAAACUUUUUACAUACUCGCCUCCUCCCUUUUUCGAUCCAAUAAUUAAUAAUUCCUGUGUUCCGUUUGCACCAACCGCCAUCACACAACUUUUGGCCUGCCAACUUGUUCCCACAAAACACAAGAACACACACACACACACACACACACAAACACACAGGGGAACAUUCAAAGCGCGCGCGCGUUCUUUUUCCGUAGGUAUAAAGCAAGAUAACCAUGGAAGAUUCCUUCACAUUCCUUUCCUCUACAAACCAACCUUUUCUUCCAGUGUGAGCGAGUGACACGCGUUACAUAGAGCAAAUAAAAGUAAAGAAGAGAGAGACAGGGAGAGAGCUAAAGAAAGAUAGCGAGAGAGAGAGAGAGAGAGAGAUAGCAGGAGGGAUGUAAAAGUAAGCAAAAGUAAACGUAGUGAAUAACUCAAAGUAACCGUUGCAAACAUACACACGCAAGCGCCCAUGUCUGCAUGCAUUAAUUAGCGCUAAAAUCGUUAUAGCUAAAAUAUUCAUUCAAUUAAGUAGAACCAAUCCAAGCUAAAUAAACAAAAAAAACAAAAGGCAUUAAAAAAACAUUGUUGAUCGUACUUUAAAACAAACCCCACAAAGAAAACAAAAUAUCAAACAUCCCCGUUUUGGAAGGAAAUUAAACAAAAAAUCUAAAUACACGCACACACACAAAAAGAAUGAACGCAAAAAAAACACGUUUCCCCGUUUAAAAACGCGUGACUGUGCACUGAAAUGUGGCUGCAUGACAGCGUUGAAGUUUAGAAAAAAUACAGGUAUCGAUGGAAAGGAAAGGCAGGGUGGUCCCUCUGUACGGCGCCUGGUUAGGAGAGGGGUGGGAGGGACCCAACAUACACACACUAUAGGGUCCAUUGCACGAGCGUGUGCUAGCGGAAUGGGGGGAGGGGAAGGUUUGCUGAAACUUCCUUCGCUCCACGAAAACUUACUUCUAAAGCCAAAACACACGAAAACACCAAAAGCACGCUGUUAUUAACGGAACAAAAUGCCCCGUUGUCUGUCCGUUUCUGUUUUGAGUUGCGUGAUAUGUAAGCGACGAACGCAAAAGGGAUUAAAAUUCUCAUCCAAGCAAGGAAACUCGUUCGUUACAUUGUGUUGUUUCUUUCAUUUUUCCAUUUGUGUGUGUGUGUGCGUCGCUCGCUCUCUCUCUCUCUUUGGCUUGUGCAAAGCGCAAGCCGUUUUGAGAGUACGCGUUAUGCGGCCUUUUCGUUAUGCGCCGCUUUGCGCCACAAAUCUGUACAGAGAGGCAGGGGCGCAGGCCGUUUUGUUUCGCCCGCCACGCGUGCCACAAUGUAAUUAACCCCUUUAAUAAAAAACAAAUCGCGUAGCUCGGUGCUAGGCGGUGCGGUGCGGAAUAUUAUAGCUCUAGCUGCGUUUCAACUCUAGCGACAAGUAAAUUACAAAACGCAGCAGAAUGCGAACAAACCAGCAAACAAACAAACAAAAUUAAACAUGCGAAAACCAGGUAGCUUGUUGUGGGACCAGGUCCACGCGUAGAACGGUCGUUGCGUUUGAGCUUGAAGCUUAGUAAAGAUAUCGAAUCUCUAAAAAAAAACAAAGACCCAUACAAACGUUCGUUUUUUGUGCGGCAAAACCGUGCCGAAGCCGCCAAAAACCAUUUCCAUUUACGUUCGCGCUUCCCAUCCGAUCGAAGUAGUCAGGCGGUAGUCGGGAGGCUGUUCGGGAGAGAGCCAGUUGCUACCGCGAGCAGCUUAAGAAAGAGAAAGAGUGAGAGGAAGUGAAAAGUAGAGGAAGACAGAUGCACAGCAAUCCACUCUCACACACACACAAAGAGAAGAGCACAAGUAGGCUACGUCGUACAUACAGUGAGGCAAGAAAUUAAUCGAUACGAUGCGAUCAUCCCUAUCCGAACGCUAGAAAGAAUGCACGCGAGCGAUCACGUGACUUUUAAAACAAAACACCCCAUUCUAAUACUUUUCCUCUCUUGCACUACUGUUUCAAAACUACACACAUUGGCAGCAAGGAAUUUAGUUUACACAAAUCCAUACAAACACACACAAACACACACACUCGUAAUGGGAAACGAUGAAAAUGCUCAAACACGUGUAUGAAAGCAUUUGCAUUUCCCUUCCUUAUCAAACACACACACAGAAAGAGAGCAAAACACUCCCAAACACACAACAACACACACAUCAGUUAAGCGCAACAACCGAUUGUAACCGAUACGUAUGGCCAUCGUAUUUUUAAUAAAUCACUGCCAAAAUCACUGAACGGACGGAAUAUAUUUGAAGCAUGUGUUCACACCACUCCAACACUUCUGGGCUAUUGUCUGAUAUUUCUAUCGUAUAAAUAAACAAUUGAAUGGGGAAGUUACAGAGACAACAACCAUACAAUGCCACUAGCCGGCGGCGGCGGCAGCAGCAGCAGCAGUAACAUCAACAAAUUAUGACGAACAAGCAGAAGAAACAAAGCGAAGAAACUAAACAAAAACCGAUUAAAAAGAAGAAGAAAAAAACUCUAAAUAAUAAUAUAAGGUAUAGAAACGAAAGCGAUAGAGGGAGAGACCGAGAGGAAGAAGAAGAAAACACACAGCGCUAUCGCGAUUGAUUUACAUUAGGAACAUACUCACGACACCAAUAUAAAGAAAAAGAAACCGAAGGGGAGUUUUACGAUUUAAAGCAAAAAAAAAUAAAGAACGAAAACGGGGGAGAGAGAGAGAAAAAAAAACAGUAGCGAACAAGGAAGAACACAAGUGGGGAGAGGAAAAGAAGAAGAAAAAAAA